AUGCAAAGCAUCACGGACAACUACGACAACCAGGAUUGUCUGCUACCUGCGUUGGACUUCGAUGACAAGGUGACUGACGACAACAUCACAAAAGCCUGGCAGAAGAGGUCUGGCAAGGUCGAGCUCCGUGAUUACUUCCUCAAGGCUUUGCAAAACGCAGAGGAGAAGCAAGAGCGCAUGUUCCUGAUGCACCUCACGGGCCAGAGUCACCAUCCUUUGGAUAUGCCACCAGACGAAAAAUACGAGGAACUGAUGCACUCGAGCGUGUUCAACCACAAGGUGAAUCGGUACCUCAACACUGUUGGCGUCACAGACCGAUGGCUUGGUGAGGUUAUGGACGUUCUUGAAGAAGCUGGGAUUGCCAAUGAAACAUUGGUCGUCUUAGUCGGGGACCACAGCAUAUCUCACGUCGAAGACGCCGCCGUCACCCCCUACGACAACCCCCCAUGUAGCAAACUUCCACUAUUCUCGCACCCCCAGCUGCCACCUAUCAAAGUCGACAGCCGCGUAACAUCAAUGCAAAUCGUCCCAACAAUCCUUGAUUUGCUAGUUGAGUCCGGCUCUUUAAGCCAAGAAGAAAAACACGCAAUCCAGGAUAUCCUCCCCCUCUACGAAGACCAAUCUAUGAUCAGAGAUCUAUUCCCCGAAAAAGACGGCAAGUUGGACUGGUAG